GAGGAGGAAAUCGCUGCUCUCUGCUCCUUCCUGUAGUAACAGCCUCCACCGCCGCCGCCGUCAAGAGCCGUCAGGAGCCGUCAGAAGCCCCAGCCCGGAGCGACAGCCGCGGGCGCUCCGCAGCACCAGGUGAACAGCCAUGGCGGGCUGGAUUCAGGCCCAGCAGCUGCAGGGAGACGCUCUGCGCCAGAUGCAAGUGUUAUAUGGGCAACAUUUCCCCAUCGAGGUCCGGCACUACCUGGCCCAGUGGAUCGAGAGCCAGCCGUGGGAUGCUAUUGACUUGGACAAUCCCCAGGACCGAGGCCAGGCCACCCAGCUCCUAGAGGGCCUGGUGCAGGAGCUGCAGAAGAAGGCAGAACACCAGGUCGGGGAAGAUGGCUUUUUGCUGAAGAUCAAGCUGGGGCACUAUGCCACGCAGCUCCAGAACACGUACGACCGCUGUCCCAUGGAGCUGGUUCGCUGUAUCCGUCACAUUCUGUACAAUGAACAGAGGCUGGUCCGAGAAGCCAACAACUGCAGCUCCCCUGCUGGUGUCCUGGUUGACGCCAUGUCCCAGAAGCACCUUCAGAUCAACCAAACGUUUGAGGAGCUGCGUCUGAUCACACAGGACACGGAGAGCGAGCUGAAGAAGCUGCAGCAGACCCAAGAGUACUUCAUCAUCCAGUACCAGGAGAGCCUGCGGAUCCAAGCUCAGUUUGCCCAGCUGGCCCAGCUGAACCCCCAGGAGCGCAUGAGCAGGGAGACAGCCCUCCAGCAGAAGCAAGUGUCCCUGGAGACCUGGCUGCAGCGAGAGGCACAGACACUGCAGCAGUACCGCGUGGAGCUGGCUGAAAAGCACCAGAAGACCCUGCAGCUGCUGAGGAAGCAGCAGACCAUCAUCCUGGACGACGAGCUGAUCCAGUGGAAGCGGCGGCAGCAGCUGGCCGGGAACGGGGGUCCCCCCGAGGGCAGCCUGGACGUGCUGCAGUCCUGGUGUGAGAAGCUGGCCGAGAUCAUCUGGCAGAACCGGCAGCAGAUCCGCAGGGCUGAGCACCUCUGCCAGCAGCUGCCCAUCCCAGGCCCCGUGGAGGAGAUGCUGGCCGAGGUCAACGCCACCAUCACAGACAUCAUCUCAGCCCUGGUCACCAGCACGUUCAUCAUCGAGAAGCAGCCUCCUCAGGUCCUGAAGACCCAGACCAAGUUCGCGGCCACCGUGCGCCUGCUGGUGGGCGGGAAGCUGAACGUGCACAUGAACCCUCCGCAGGUGAAGGCGACCAUCAUCAGCGAGCAGCAGGCCAAGUCCCUGCUCAAGAACGAGAACACCCGCAAUGAUUACAGCGGCGAGAUCCUGAACAACUGCUGCGUCAUGGAGUACCACCAGGCCACAGGCACCCUCAGCGCCCACUUCAGAAACAUGUCACUGAAAAGAAUCAAGCGUGCUGACAGACGCGGUGCAGAGUCCGUGACAGAGGAGAAGUUCACGGUGCUGUUCGAGUCUCAGUUCAGCGUUGGCAGCAACGAGCUGGUGUUCCAGGUGAAGACCCUGUCCCUCCCUGUGGUCGUCAUUGUUCAUGGCAGCCAGGACCACAAUGCUACUGCCACCGUGCUGUGGGACAAUGCCUUUGCUGAGCCGGGCCGGGUGCCAUUUGCCGUGCCUGACAAGGUGCUGUGGCCGCAGCUGUGUGAGGCGCUCAACAUGAAGUUCAAGGCUGAAGUGCAGAGCAACCGGGGCUUGACCAAGGAGAACCUCGUGUUCCUGGCACAGAAACUGUUCAACAGCAGCAGCAACCACCUCGAGGACUACAACAGCAUGUCCGUGUCCUGGUCCCAGUUCAACCGGGAGAACUUGCCCGGCUGGAACUAUACCUUCUGGCAGUGGUUCGACGGGGUGAUGGAGGUGCUGAAGAAGCAUCAUAAGCCCCAUUGGAAUGAUGGGGCCAUCUUGGGUUUCGUGAACAAGCAGCAGGCCCACGACCUGCUCAUCAACAAGCCAGAUGGGACCUUCCUGCUGCGUUUCAGCGACUCGGAAAUCGGGGGCAUCACCAUUGCUUGGAAGUUUGACUCCCCGGACCGAAACCUGUGGAAUCUGAAGCCAUUCACCACGCGGGAUUUCUCCAUUCGGUCCCUGGCGGACCGCCUGGGGGAUCUGAAUUACCUCAUCUACGUGUUCCCAGACCGACCCAAGGACGAGGUCUUUGCCAAGUACUACACUCCUGUACUUGCAAAAGCAGUCGACGGAUACGUGAAGCCACAGAUCAAGCAAGUGGUCCCUGAGUUCGUCAACGCUUCUGCAGAUGCCGGAGCCAACGCCACCUACAUGGACCAGGCUCCUUCCCCAGUGGUGUGCCCUCAGGCUCACUACAACAUGUACCCACCGAACCCCGACCCUGUCCUUGACCAAGAUGGUGAAUUUGACCUGGAUGAGACCAUGGAUGUUGCCAGGCACGUGGAGGAACUUUUACGCCGGCCCAUGGACAGUCUUGACCCCCGUCUCUCCCCACCUGCUGGCCUCUUCACCUCUGCCAGAAGCUCCUUGUCCUGAACGCUGGACUCCGUGCUUCUCUUGGACAAGCACCUUCAGUGUGAAGGGCCCGUGUCAGUUGUGUCCCUGUUCAUACCAGUGGCUUUGCACCUUCGCAGUUCCGCCUUGCCCACAGUUCGGGGCCUGGCUAAAGCAGUGGUGGCCUUUUCACUCAGACCUCAAGGGUCCCCUGGACCUCUCCUCUAAGAGCUGAACCUGUCAUUGCUGACAAACCUAUUUCUCCGGUGCCCUUCACCUGUCCCGGGGCCAUUGAGUGAAAUGAUUCUAGAAAAGGAAGGGCGGCAGGUUUAUGCAACUGAAGUUGGAGUUUUACUCCUGAGCUAGAAGCUUCCUCCGGACUGGUGUGCGUGCACCUGUCCUCGCACAUGUGGUAGCCUAACUGAUGAACCCCUCUACAGGGAGAUUGGGGCUCACCUUAGUAACCCUUUAUACGUUAGUGAAUAUGGGCUUGGAUUUUGUGACCGCUCACAAUGUGCAUAAGCUGUUCCCACCAAUACAGGCGGCUGCCAAAGCGGACUGUGUCAGUUCUCAAACCAGCGUGGACAUGGGAUUCGGGUCUAAUGGCCUCGUCUGCAUCCCCUCUUCCCCAUCCGAUGUCCUCACCCUUCCAUAUAGAGUCAUCCUUGCUUUUUGUUUUGC